AUGGACCGCCCAGCCACCGCGGCGCGGCGCCAGGUCAGCGGCAGCGGCGACCGUCCACCACCCACCGCCGACCGUUCCUCAUCUGGCCGCCGCCUGCGGGCGUUCCUGAUCCCGUUCUCGGUGAUGCUGGUGAUCGCCGGCCUGCCGCUGAUGUUCAUGGAGCUGAGCUUCGGGCAGUUCGCAAGCCUCGGCCCGGUGGCCAUCUACCAGGCGUUCUGCCCGCUGUUCCGCGGCCUCGGCUACGGCAUGGUGAUCGUGUCGGCCAUCGUGAUGCUCUACUACAACCUCAUCAUCGCCUGGACCAUCUUCUACAUGUUCGCGUCGCUGCGGCCCGUGUUGCCCUGGCAGAACUGCGAGCCGGAGUGGAGCACCGACACGUGCUACUCGUACGAGGAGGCGGACGCGUGCGCGGCGCUCAACGGCACGUACUUCCGGCAGCGGUGCUACAACGCCAGCGAGGCGGCCGCCGCCAACAUAUCGGGGCUGGCGGAGCGCGCCAACCGCCGCCCUCCCGCCGAGGAAUACUUCACAAAUUAUGUUCUGGGGCUAUCGGAUGGCAUUGAGUACACUGGUGAAGUUCGACUGUCCAUGGCGACAUGCCUUCUGAUGGCGUGGGUAAUUGUCUUCCUGUGCCUGUGCAAAGGGGUGCAAUCGUCGGGGAAGGUGGUUUACUUCACUGCACUCUUCCCAUAUGUGGUACUGGUUCUUCUGUUUGUCAGAGGAGUAACUCUACCAGGUGCUUCCACUGGAAUUCUUUUCUACCUUACUCCAGACUGGAACCGUUUGGCUAAUGCUCAGGUCUGGGGAGAUGCUGCAGUGCAGAUAUUUUUUGCAUUGAGUCCAGCUUGGGGAGGUCUCAUUACCCUUGCAUCCUACAACAAAUUCUCCAACAACUGUUACAAGGAUUCACUUAUUGUGGCCAUAUCAAACAUACUGACGUCAUUCUUUGCGGGCCUGGUCAUUUUUUCUGUGAUUGGAUUCCUUGCUCAUGAGUUGAAUGUGGAAGUAAAAAAAGUUGUGGAUCAGGGUGCAGGGCUAGCCUUCAUUGUUUAUCCAGAAGUGGUGACACACUUACCUGUCUCACCUUUGUGGUCCUUGCUUUUCUUUGUGAUGUUACUUACACUGGGCCUCGACUCACAGUUUGCUCUAAUGGAGACUGUUACAACAGCCCUGCUUGACCGUUUUCCAAGUCUGAGGGGCUACAAGAUUUGGGUGGUUAUGGUAGUAUCUGUCUUUGGAUACUUUGGUGGCCUCAUAUUUACAACAAAUAGUGGUAUGUACUGGCUCCAGUUGGUGGACAAAUAUGCAGCCAACUGGUCAGUCCUAUUGAUAGCUAUUGUGGAAUGUAUUAUCAUUUCCUGGGUCUAUGGUGCUAACAGGUUUCUUGCCGAUAUACAGGAAAUGAUUGGUCCACAAUCAGAAACAUGGAAGUUUUUUUGGAGGUGGAUGUGGAAAAUUGUAACUCCUGCAGCCUUAUUGUUCAUUUUGUUCUUCAAUUGGAUUGAGUAUGCUCCAGUGAGUUAUGGAGAUUACAAGUAUCCAAGAUGGGCAGAUGGUGUUGGAUGGGCUAUUGGUGUCUUCCCUGUAUGUGUCAUUAUUGGAAUGGGCAUUAUGAAGAUCCACUCUGUGACAGAAGGAACAUUUACCGAGAAAAUACGUUUCUUAGUCCGACCAACUGGUGACUGGGGCCCAGCACAUUGUCGUGCAAGCAACCCUCCAACAUAUGAGAGUGUGAGGAACACUAUUGUUUUGGUCAAUGGCCUUCCUGUGAUAAGAGAAUCUGCUUCAGCUGCUGCUCCCGGACAUGACCCGUCGGAUCCUUUAGCGGACAAUCGUCUCUGAGAGUGGGCCCCACCCGGGCCAGCACCGCAGCCCGGGCCUAGUAUCCUCAAGAAAACAGCUGUAUCAGGUGUGCGAGAAGCGGCUGAAGCCCAUCCAGUAUAGUGAUAAAAUUAAGUACACCAGCAGAACUACAAAUGAUUAAUCUUUCCCCAUUAUGGGAUACCGAGAUUAUUAUGUCUCACUUAAUAAGUGGGAUAACAUUAAA